UUACUUCGAAGCAAACAGUUUGAAAACCUCUGUCAGUCAGAACUAAAGCAAACAGUAAACUCAACCUGAAAAUCACAACAAAUGUCUAGCACCGGAUUUUGCACCUUGUUCCUGCUUGUGGUGUCGUUUGCUGGCGUACCACUCAUUUCGUCAGUGAAGACGACACAUCAGACGUCAGCGCAGAUGACGAAUAGGACGUCAGUGCAAAUGACAACACGGACGUCAGUGCCAAUGACGACACAGACGUCAUUACAAAUGACUAAUAUGACGUCACUACAGACGACGAAUCAGACGUUGGUACAGUCGAACAAUGACACUUUAGAUGAGACAACAAACCAUACGACAAUGAAGCCGAUAAUGACGAUGGAUGAACACAUAGCUAACAUCGGCAAUCUGACGAGAGAACGAGAUAGGAUUGAGGACGUGAACCCGGAGCCUCACGAGCUUGACAUGCUGCUGACUCCUGAACAGGAGAAAGCUUAUCAGCCUCCGCCAACAAAAAAUUAUACAAGAGAGGAGCAAAAAUAAGAUGCGAGACUUGCAAACUGUUGCUUGGGUUUGUCGAAAAAUUCUUUGUGUAAUGAUACAAGAAUGUUUAAAAUGUCUACCAAUCAAUUAAAAAAAACAUAUAGGUCUGAUGAUUUGUAUAUUUCUGAGAGUUUUAAGUUUCUGACAUUAAAAAUAUAUUUUUGUUUUUAUUUUUAUUUUUAGUCUAAUUAUCUGUUUUAUGAUUUGUGAUUUUUAAAAAAAAAAAUUUUUUUGAUCAAUCCAAAUCCAUUCCACAUGAACUUUAAAAUUACAUAAUUGAUGUUGGAUUUUAUUGUUUAAUUUUGUUUCAAUUUGUUAUAAUUUCAUUUUAUUUGCUAAAUUCAGAAAUUGUCUGUUAAAAUUAUUACUAUGAUAAAAUCAAUAUGUAUAGUUUUGCUUCGUGGUGCAUCAGAACGUUGAAUUAAACAUCUUGUAU